AUGAAUACCUUCACCUUGUUCCCUUGCCUUCCCACCGAGUUACGCCUCAUGAUCUGGAGGAAGUGCAUUCCGAUGAGAGUCGUGGAGCUUCAUUUCAUCCACAAUGAAGCAUGCACCAUCAAUACCCGUUGCCUGUUGGACUGGACGACCACCCAAAAUUCCAAACCCCCGACCAUUACGCCUAGUAUCGUCACAUGGUACUGGCAACCAGACUGGGAACUUUCGGUUCAUGGUACUUGGGAUCCAGAUCACCGGGAAGACCUAUCAUAUUUCCUUUGGCAUGCUUCUCAAGCACGAAGUGGCCUGAUCUUUGCGCGAAGGCUUCAUUGGUCCAACUAUUCAAAUGGGCCUGGUUACGCUGAGAGGCCGAACGAAAAAAGUCUUUCCCAAAUUUCACGAUGGAAAACCUGGCUAGCAUGCAUGAAGUUAAUUCCAAUGCAUUUGGGUGGCGAUCAAGUAUUCAAAUCCAACCUCUUUGGAAUGAACGGAAAAGAACUCAUUCAACUAGUCGAUCCAUCGGAUACCAAGCGUCUUCAGCUCUUUAAGCACCACUCAAAUCCCCAGGACCAAGAAGCCCAGGAUUGUUUUACUCUCAUCGAAGACACCGCGAAGCUUCGCGCCGAAAUUGAUAGCUGGAAGCGGGGAGUCAAAAUUACUUGGAUUUGGCGACACUGGAUGGCCAUGUUGCGCAAAUGCCGGGGUGGUAACGAUACGUGGUUGAACAACCGUAUGGAGGACGUUUGGAACGGGCCUCGCGAUGAUGAGAACGGAGAACCGCUCGACACGUCACUUCCCCACACAUACAUGCGUGAGGGAUAUACUUACGGGGAAGUCAUCGACGAUACUCGAUACACCCCGAACAUGGACCACCCUUGGGUUCAAAAUAUCGUAGCCAAUAUGCCUACCUUCCGUCCAACGAUCAUGUUCCGCCUGUUUGUGAAUGACUGUAAACAAACAAAUGGCUACUUCCGCAGUCUGAAGUGGAAGAAGCCAGGCAGUGACGAAUACCAGCGGAAGAGGAGGGUUCGAUCAGCGAUGUCGAGGCAUAUUCACAACACCAGAGGGAUCUGA